AUGUCAUUCCACGAUCUACCCAUCGAACUCUGCACCAAAAUUAUGCGGGACUUGGCUUCCCAAGGUAAUCUCAAAUCCCUAUCAUCACUUUCUGAAACAUGCUGGUCAUUGUAUCACGCAGGAAAUCCCAUUCUCUAUGAGUGGAAUAUUGAGCAUCAAGAAUGUUCUGGAUUCAAAUGGGCUGUCUCCAACGAUCAAGUUAAUACACUGAAGAAGUUUCUGCAAUACGGAGUAGCAGUCAAUUAUUCACUUCGUUACCGCGAGGACCAACGUGACGAGCUUGUGGCUCCUCUAUGGCUAGCGGCAAGGCACGGAUCUAUCGAGGUUGUGCGUCACUUCUUUACUCUCCCAGACGUUGACUGGAAUUGGGCGAGUGAAGACUUUCACGAUACGCCACUACACGUUGCGAUAGAAUCGGGACAUACCGACUUAGCUUUACUGCUUCUUUCUCAUCAAGAAGUUCUGGUAAAUGCUGAAGAUGGAGCAGGAUGGACGCCAUUUAUUUACGCUGUUUCGGAGGGAGAUGACGCAUUGGUUAAACAUCUGCUCUCCAUUAACUCAGUCGACCCAGACCACCGAACACGUACUGGCAAGUCGGCGCUCUUCAUUGCGGCGGAUUGGGGUCGAAGCACAGACAUCGUCAAGCUCCUGCUCGAUACCGGAAGAGUUGAUGUUAAUUUUGUUAGUCUAGAAACUCUCGACACGCCGCUAACCGCUGCCAAGCGACCAGACGUCGUGAAGCUUCUUGUUGAGCAUCCUGAUAUCGAUGUCAAUUUUACACCAGCAGGUAGUGCCGCGCCUAUCACCAUUGCGGCGGAGGAGGGUCGUUUGGAGAUAGUAAAGAUCCUGCUUACACACCCAGAUAUUGACCCCGACGGAUCAGAAUACCCUCCAGAAGCGCCCAUCCUUCGCGCGGCAGAGGGGGGCCAUGAGAAAGUUGUUUCCGUGUUACUUGCUGACGACAGAGUAGGACAGGAAAGUCGACGAUUGUUGGCAAAAAAGUAUCCGCGGUUUUUAUGA